AUGCGAGUGAAUCGUAGUGCUGCUGCUCCUCGAACUGUCAUUUACCUGGACGAAACUUACAUCCAUGCUUCGUACGGUGUGACCAAAUGCUGGAAAAGUGAAUAUGAAGAAGGAGUUCUAUCUUCCGAUGCAAAGGGAGCUCUCUGGAUAAUAGUGCAUGUUGGAGGGGAAAAUGGUUUCGUGCCCAACGCUAGGUUGAUUUUUAGGUCACAAACAAAAUCCGGUGAUUACCACAAUGAUAUGAACCAAACAAAUUUCAUGAAGUGGUUGAAAGAAAAACUUGUACCUAAUCUCCCUCCGCAAAGUUUAGUAGUAAUGGAUAACGCGCCGUAUCAUAGCGUCAAAACUAACAAGUCGCCAACAAUGGCAAAUAGUAAAGCGGAAAUGCAACAGUGGAUUACCAAUAAGGGACUUGCAUAUUUGCCAAACAUGCUUAAAUGUGAACUUUAUGAAAUUAUUAAAGAGCACAAAGAAGAACCUAUUUAUGAAGUGGAUUCCUAUUUAACAUUACAUGGCAACAAAUCGUUAAGGUUACCGCCUUACCACUGCGAUCUUAACCCGAUCGAAAUGAUU